AGUUGUGUGACAAAAGUAACGGUCACGUUUGACUUUUCAGAUCUUUUGUACGGGUGGUGAUGGAAAUACGAGCUUCAUACAUGAUUGAAAAUCCAUGAAAUUUGAGCACAUGGAACCGGGCAAAUGCAACGCGAGCUAUCUACAGGAUAACAACAUCACAACGCUCACGAAAAUAACACAACUCUCGUGACUUUUGCGUUAUAUGGCAAACUAGUCAUAUUCGUCUCUCGUGAACGUUACUAUGGUAACCCUCUUCAAAAGACCAACCAGAAGACAUGCAGCGGAGCGAAUCUACGUGUCGCUAAUAUUCAGGGAGUGCCUCGCUGUCGAGAUCUGACUGGAACGGUGAUUUUAGCACGCAAGUGCACUCCUCCAAACAUGGCGGCGAACUCGGAAGAAUCAAGCCACGAUCUUUACGCGGUACAGCUCUAUGACAAAGAGUAUUUGAGGCCGCGCACGACCGAUGUUCAUGGCUUACACUUACCAGACAAGCAAACGUUUUCGAUCCACGUCGAUCCGAACAUGCUGGACGACAAUAAAGAAUAUUCAGUCCCCAAGCGUCUGGAACACCUCGAGAAACGACUGCAUGGAGGAAAGAGCAGGGAAAAGCGAGGCACCUUCCGCAAGGAAAACCUACUGCUGGUCGAUCUGGAGAGAACGACGGCCCUCAAGGAGCUAAUCACCGGAGAAAUACCUGUAUUCGCCCUGAAAACUUUCAAAGAAAAGGGCGAGAAACGAUACAUGGAGUUUUCACUCAGCAAAAGUGCUUCUGAUGACCUGAGACAGAGGGAUCAGCAGAGAAGGCUGGAAGCCGCUAUGAAAAUCGCUUUCGCUAACUACCUGCACUGGAGCCGCGUGUUUGAAGAGAUCGAAAGCAAAAGCGAGAGGACCGCGUUUGAACAAGCGCGUCAUGAAGACCUGGAGGACUACCUUCGCAAUCCGCUCGAGUGCAAGGGCGUCGUGUAUUGCUACCUUGUGAUAGACGAAUCGCAAACAGAUGACAAGAAAUACCAAUUCUACAUCGGCGGGGCAGAAGGCGAAUUCACGAGGAAGAUCAAGGAACAUAACACAUCCGGAAACAAGCCGCUAUUGGAGCUGACCCUACAAGACAAGGCGCUCUGGCCUGUGGAAGAUCAACACCUCAAGAGAAAAUUUAAAGAAUCACUGCCGAAAUCCUCCGGCAAGAAAGGAGAUAAACAAGACGACGACCAUGUGCCGAAGCUAGACUACGAACCGAAAGUUGUGGUGAUCACUUUGGACUUUGGCUACACGGAGAGCUUUGCCGAAGAUUUCAAGAGCCUCAUCGACAGCGAAGACACAACGGAGAAGCUGGCACAAAGUUAUGCACAGUACUUCGCCGCAAAGAGUCCGAUUGGACUGAAUGGCUGACUCUCACUAACCAUGUGAUUACCAGUUGUAGUAAGUUAAAUUAAAUAAUGCACGAGGAUUUUUUAUCAUUGCUUAAGAACAAUGUGGAAUUGUCAUUAACCCUACGCAGAGGACAGCUUGUUGUUCUUGACAAAUGUUGAUAGCAGUUAGUGGCGUGAAUUGAGUUCGAGUUAGAUUAUCUGUGCGGUUCUUGUAUUCUUUACAGAUCUGAUGUUUGUAGCAUUUAGUGAUAACCCCACACACUUGGUAUUCAAAGUGGUGUUAUCAGGGAUGCUUCUAGCUCAUUCCAGUCAUUUCAUUGAAUCGAAAACGUUCCGCAAAGGCCGAAAACAAAACCACUGACUUGGGUGUGUGUUUUAAAUGAGCAGUGAGUUGUGAAUGCAAUGUGAACGAGUGAGAUGUAGAAAGUAUACUUGUCAUUCAAAUCGCAGUCUCGUAGAAGCUACACAAAAGAGCGAGAUCUUUGUGCCGGCGUUAAAUAAAUCAUAGAUAAAUAAAACGAAAUUGGUCCGAGGUUGUUAAAAAUCGGCGAUAUAAGGGCAAUAUAUUUCGCGAGAAGUCGUUUUUAAGUCUGACUACCUGAAGCCAUUUUCUUCGCAAUUCAAACAAGUUACAAGAUAUUUUUGGCGUUUAGAGAUUUGUUAAGGUCCCAGAGGGGCGAGCGUUUAGUUCAAUGCGUGACAAAAGAAAUUUCAACUGUCGUCACUUUUUUAUCGCGGCGUGUUGGAAUUGAGUGUUACUGGAAACGUUACCCCGCUUUGCUCGUUAUUAUGCAUGUAAACAGUUGGAGCGAAAGCAAUUGAUAUCAUAAACGGUGUUUUAGUGUGUAAACUCUCUCGCUUAUCGCCCAACAAUGCCGUACAAACUAGACUAUCGACGACAAAGGACUUUCGAAGCCUCAAUUAUAAUACAGAGUCGAACUUCAUAAACUGAAAAAAACCACACACGAUAACCAUAGCAUUCUAAAUGUUUUGCAUUGAUUUCGUCCAUCGUAACUACAUAUUACCGCGACUAAAUGCACCGUGGCAAUAUCUUAAACUGUUGUGGUAAGGCCCUGUGUGAUUCCUAAAUCGCAUUAGUUAAAUUAAAGACUUCCAAAUGACUCGUGAAUCCGUUUAGCACCCUAUUCUUCAAGUUCCGUUUUCCUUUACUGCCCUGAGGAGGGUGUCUUGCAGAAGCCACUAAAAUGCAAAUUCGCAAUAUUUUGAAAUCGCUACAUGUAAACAUAACAUCCGCCUCCUUUGUUUUCUUGCCGUCGAAUCCUGCCCUUUUACUAGUAAUUAGACAUCUGAUUGUUUUGCGCAAGUCAGCCUUUAGCCUUUAGUGACUAAUGUUAGAAAAUAUUCAUGGUUCGCUCACUCUAUUUGAUCUCAAUUGUACCGCAUUUGCAGAAAAUACUGCGCAAAAAGCAAAGAAAAAAGAUAAUUGUUAAAAAAAAAAUACUAAACGAUAUUUUUACGAGCAUGAUUUUCCCUUCAUUACCGUCGCAUUGAACGGGAGAGGCGGAAUCAAUUUGAAUACUUAAUUUACUUGAGAGGAAAAUUCGAGAAAAUCGAACUCCAAUUCGAGUGAAAAGUUUUGUGGGUUUAGCCACAGUUACCACUAAUUUACCACAAGAUGCUGUACUUACAAUUCAUCGUUUGUUCGCAGGUUACUCUUCUUUAAUAAAGUAAGGUCGUAAUACUGCUCAAUAGGAAUACCACUGAAAGACAAUAAUAGACUGCCAUUAAUACAAGGAAAGACAGACUCGAAAAACAGGAAGAAUUGUAGAGUGGAAAUCAGCCAAUACUGCUGAACGCAGUGUUUGUUUUUCCAAGCUGAGGUUGUUUUUUAACCUGAAAAAAACACAUUUCAACUAUUUUAUCUUAUCUUGAAGGGUUUCAUUUCUUUCUGUCUCUCGUGGAGAAAACAAUGAGGAUGACAAAAGAAGGUUUUUAAUUUGUUUUUAUAUGCAAGAAUAAUCCCAGAGGAAAGGGGUGAAAUUUUACAUGAAUGUGUGAGGAACGGCAUUGAGAGAAAGUAUUCACAGGCGCGCGAAUGAUACGUUGGUUUACAUGACAAGGAAAUCAUGUUUUUUUUGCGAGUCCAUCGUUUUGCACCAGGAAACUAGUUUUUCUCCUUACCUCUCGCUCUUAACGCCUACACGUUGCAGUUCCCUUAAAACAAUUCAUGGUGUCACAAGAUUUUUGACAGCCUUAGGGUUGGGAAAAAAUAUUUUGUAAAAAUGUUCAUGCGGUUUGAGCAGGUUUCAGUUGUGUUGACAGUUCGAGGGUGACAACAAUAAGCCGACAUUAUUGUUUUUGGCGUGUUAGAUUUAUCACAUGUGCAAGUUACGGAAACUUGCCUGAACGAAAUGUAAAACAAUAACAAUAUUGGAUGAAGACAAAAUAAUAUAACCCACGUGGUACAUUAUUUUUUCUUGAAAAUAUUUCGGAAAUUCAGAAAGUUUGCUACUUAAUUUUCCAAGGUAUUUAGACUAGCCACCUCGAAAACCUGGUAGAGUAGUCGUUCUUUUCGAGGCCGGCCCACACUAGGGGAAAUGUUGCGAGGACAUGAGAAGGGGAAAUAUUCCAACGACAAUUGUCUUCAUGUGAGAUGCUCGUUUUUGCAGAAAGGUUGUGUUGCGAGGACAAAAUUGUGUACUCGCAACAUUUUGCAUGAAUUUCAGCUGCAGGGACAAAAUGACCUCAAUUUUCAAUAUUGUAUCAUGUACACUGCCCUUCCAAACUGUCCCCGUUACAACAUAGAAAUGAACCAAUAUCCGCUUCGUGUACGCCAUCUUGCGUGCUGUCUCUGCACCACGCAUGGAUCCCAGGCGUAUACAUGAAGGAGCUCGUCCCCUCUUCACCUCCCCGCAACAUGUGUCCUAGUGUGUGGAGUUCCGUCGUAGCCAGAACGCGAAAAAGCUGUUCGUUUCGUACAUUAAAAAUCGUCACUGCAAUAGAUCUUUCACAGAUCUUUUUUCGUAAUUUUCUUCAAGUUUUCUCCGUCCUAGUUACUGUGUAUUCAAGAAAACGUUUUAAACCUAAGUUAAAUUCUUCUUUAAGUUAAAAACUGUAAGAAAAUCGAGGUGUGACUGUCUUAUUGACAGCUUAUGAGAAAAGAUUUGAAUAAACUAAACUUGAACUGAA